ACGAAAAACUGCGCAUGUCAGUUUAGUGUGAAGACCAGAGUUUUGGAUGUUACCUCCGCAGCGAUGGCAGGAGGGAGGAAAAAGCUUCCUGGCUCUACGUCUGUUCUAUGGACGGCACUUCACUCUCUGUGGCAGGACAAACAUUUAGUCCUCUUCAAGACGGAAUACACGUUUUUUGUUGCUUCUGUGUUGUGGCUUCUGGAGAUCGGAAUCAAUGUGUGGGUCAUUCAGAAAGUAGCAUACACUGAAAUUGACUGGAAAGCCUACAUGGAUGAAGUGGAAGGAGUCAUUAAUGGCACCUAUGACUACACCAAGCUUAAAGGAGACACAGGCCCCUUGGUGUAUCCAGCCGGCUUUGUGUACAGCUUCACAGUUCUGUACUACAUCACCAGCUCCGGGGCUAACAUCCGCCUGGGCCAGUAUAUUUUUGCUGUUUUUUACCUCAUCACGCUACUAUUGGUCUUCAGAAUAUACUGUCGCACCAAGAAGGUUCCUCCAUGUGUGUUCUUCUUUAUGUGUUGUGCCUCCUAUCGGAUCCACUCAAUCUUUGUGCUGCGUCUGUUCAACGAUCCAGUGGCCAUGAUGCUGUUGUUUGCCGCUGUUAACCUCUUUAUUGAUGGUCACUGGUCCCUUGGCUGUGGCCUUUACAGUUUAGCAGUGUCUGUGAAAAUGAACGUGCUACUCUUUGCACCGGGACUACUUUUCCUCCUGCUCUCCGAGUUUGGUCUAAUCAGGACGAUCCCAAAACUUGCUCUUUGUGCAAACAUACAGUUCUUGUUGGGUCUGCCUUUUCUCCUGGAGAAUCCUGUCGGCUACGUGAGUCGGGCUUUUGACCUGGGACGUCAGUUUAUGUUCAAGUGGACGGUCAACUGGCGCUUCCUGCCCGAGUGGAUCUUCUUAAACCGCUAUUUCCACUUGAUCUUGUUGGUAGCUCACCUGCUGACCCUGCUGCUCUUUGCGCUCCGCCGCUGGAAGAGGCUGGGAGAAAGCCCCUUAGAACUCUUCAAGGAACCUGGCAAGAGGAAAAUCCCAGCCCAGAAAAACACAGUCAACCAGAUCGUUCUCAUUCUGUUUACCUCUAACUUUAUUGGCAUGUGCUUCAGUCGUUCAUUGCAUUACCAGUUCUACGUGUGGUACUUCCACACCCUGCCGUACGUGCUGUGGAGUGGAGGAGUUAAAAAGAUAGAUCAUCUGCUCAGGAUCCUAAUCUUGGGUCUUAUUGAGUGGUCGUGGAAUACCUACCCCUCGACUUGCAGCAGCUCCAUAGCCCUCCACGCCUGUCACUUCUUCAUUUUGCUCUGUCUGUGGUUGGCUCCACCCCUGCACUCGGCAGCAGCAGCUCAAACACAGGCAAAAGCAGCCGGCAUGGAAAAAUGCCAAUGAGAUGCUGUACGAGUGGUGGUGUGUUCGGGUGAAAGCUGCUGAGAGGACCCUCCUCCACCAUCCGUUCUCUGAACAUCAGCAUAGAGGGACUGGCAAUGGGGUAGAUUCCCAAGGAGCCACUAUUGGUGUUUUAGCUUUGUGCUAAAAAAGUGAAGAAAGCUGACAUGGGUCGUAGUCCUCAGACAGUAACCCACACGAGGAAACAUGCAGUUGUUACGUGCAGGUAACAAUAUGAAGAGACAAGGAAAUAUGGAUUCUCAGGUUUUGUCACAUAACCUUUAAUACCAUCUCAUCUAAUUAGUGAUUUAUAUUAUUUGACAUGAAAGUUGAGAAGAGGGUGCCGCUGUGGCGCCCUCCUCCACCUCAAAGCGCUCACAGGCAAAUUCAAACAUAUUUGUUCUGCUUGGUAUUUUUUUUUUAACUCACUUUUUUUGUCUCCCACAAUGAUGUUCUCUCCUACAGCGUCCAUUACAGUUCAUUUUUUGUUUAGCGCAGUUAAUUACAGUUAAUUGUGUCCCUUUUUUUAUGGCAGCACCAUGCCAUGACUGUGAUGGAGCGCUUGGAUGUGAAGACGAUAACAGGGGGCAGGGUUGUGAGACUUUUCAAGAUCAGAAACCCCGGGGGGAGGGGCUGCUGGGGUGCAGCUUGUAUUCAUUUAUUUAUAUCAUUUAGAGUACUGGUAAUCCCGUGUUUAUAGCGGUUAAUUGGUUCCAGCCCUGACCGUGAUAAGUGAAUUUCUGUGAAGUAAAAUUCUUUAUUUAUAAAUUGAAUAUUUUUGCAGUUAGCGCAUAGAAAACCAGUUUCCAGCCUUCUAAAUAUGGGUUUUAACAUGGUUAGAACCCUCUAGACAUGAAAUAACAUCCUUAUAGUCACCUCUACACUCAUAAUACCCAAUCAAAGCAGAUAAGCCAUUUAAGACAUAAACAAGACACAGUCGUGUAUGUUACGAUAAAUGUGUUCCCUCUGGGACCUGAAAGAAGCCGGCAGGAAGUAACAUUGGGGGAUCAGAGUUGUUUCACCCUUUGUUAGGGAUUUUUGUUGUGCAAUAAAAGCCUGU